AUUAUUAUUAUUAUUGCUGUUGUUGUAGACGAUGAUAAUGAUGUUGUUGUCGCAGUUGCUUCUUAAUUGUUUUAAUGUUCAGUCAUUUCCUAUAUUGGUGGUUUUUCCUUAUCAGUGCUCGCGCAUUUCAAAUCUCGAGUCUAUAAAAUAAUUGUGUUAAUAAUUAUAACAGGUUGCGCUGGGCUAUUUGCGUGGGGGGAUGAAGCUGGUGUGGGUUUCGCCUUCUCAUGUUCGUCUUGGCCUGCAUGCUAAAACGGCAUUACAUUCACGACACAGGGCAUUCACACGGUCUAAAUAUAGGCUAACUUCUGAAAUACUGACGGAUAUACGGUGAACGCAAGGGGAGAUCCAAAUGGAUUUCUUUUUAAUGCAAUUUUCCGCUUGGUAUGACAGAAUGGAAAUCUGAAGAACAGAAUCUCGAUGUAGGCCGACUGAUAUGACAAGCCCUUACUUCUGAUAACCUCGUUGGGUGGCGUUAACCGUCUGCUCAAGUUAUUAACAACCACCUUUCUAAGUAGCGCGGAAUUAUCCUUCUCCAGAAGAGCAGAGGUGAUCGCAGGGAGUCGGAAAAUAGUUAAUGCAAAACGCUGAAGCAGCGGAAAGAUGAGUUUCGUAUUACUUUCGAGUUUCUUGCUCAGUAUUCUAUGCGUGCCUGGAUCUCAGGCAGGCUGUGCGGAGGUAGACUCCAUGACUGAGGCAGUGGCGGGACAGAGCUUCCUGUUGGGCUGCAUAUCCUGUAAGAGGAGGGAAGAGGUCCCCGCAUCCACCAGCGUAGACUGGUACUUCAAACCCCUGGAAGGGGAGGACUUCUACCAGAUAUUCCACUACGAGCACCCCGCCUCCACCGUGCUGCACGAGGACUUUGCGGGGCGCGUAGAGUGGCACGGCACGCUGGGGACCGCAGACGUGCAGAUCGGGGCCCUCUGGCUGCACAACGUCACCUUCAACGACACGGGCACCUACCGCUGCACCUUCCACCGGGUCCUGGACCUGCCCGACAAGGACCGGCCCGAGGAGCUGGUCGUCAUCUCCAAGGAGGUGGAGCUCACCGUGCUGGGAGAGGCCAAUCGGGAGCUGACUGCAGUGAUCGCUGAGAUCAUGAUGUAUGUGCUGAUCGUGGUGCUGCAGCUCUGGCUGAUCGGGGUGCUGGUCUACUGCUACAAGAAGAUCUGGGAAGACCGUGAGGCUUUCGAAGCCCGCCGCGCCCUGCGCCAUCCCAAGAUUCCAGAUUCCAAAGACAACUGUGACGGAGUUCAUUUGGAAUAAUGCACUUCUGGUCAACAAGGUGUAAAGGCAAGGGGCAAUACAAUGGAUGACCUGCUUUCAGUGUUUUAAUAGAAAAAAUGUCUGACAAAAUAUUAUCAAAAGAAAUGCAGUGAUUUUAAUGUCACAGGGCAAAAAGCACCACACCUAUCAUGCUAAAUUUGCAGCAGACAUGAAGUGCUAAAGGUAUGCUCACUGAUGGUAAAUAUACUUGCUAACUUAAGUGCAAGCAAAAAUCAUAUAUGACUGCUACAUGCUUCAAGAUUGACAGGCAGCACCAGCUCGCCAAUCGGACUCACAAGAUGUAGCGCGUCACUGAGGGCCAGUCAGUCAUUUCUGUGGGUUUGCAUUUUCAACAAAAAAAAGUGUAAAUGGUGUAAGAUUAACAUGGGAGCUAGAUGGUUCUAAAACCCUCUUUCAGAAAACCUUUUAAAUGGACAGAAUCCACAGAGAACCUUUUAAAUGGACUGAAUCCACAGAAAACCUUUUAAACGGACAGAAUCCACAGAGAACCUUUUAAAUGGACUGAAUCCACAGAGAACCUUUUAAGUGGACUGAAUCCACAGAGAACCUUUUAAACGGACUGAAUCCACAGAGAACCACUGCCUGGGCCUGUACGAAGGGCAAAUAGAAAGUCUCUCCGCAUUGCUGAACGAGGAUUUUUUCAAUUAAUUAAUGGCACUGUCGCUAAUUUCAAUUUCAAUUUAACUGACUGAUGGCUGCGAGUAAGAUGUGCGUUUCAGUGGCAUUGCAGUGGCCAGAUCUUAGUGACCGUGAGCUGCAACAGGAAAGAAUGCAGAGGUGCAGUCUCUCUGAAUUAUACAUUCUUAGAAAGGGCAGAACUCCAGCAAACAGUAUUUCAGUAACGCAUGAGAAAAUUACAGUGUUGAAUGACAAGUUACUUUUCAGGCUUGAGAAUGCGAUGCUUUGACAAUGACAUUCAUUAUGUGCAGUGGAUUACAGUAUUAAGUCUGCUAGAUAAUAAUUGUGUGCUACUGUGAAUUAAUUAAUGACCUGCCAUGACAGUUAAAAGAAAUAGCUCAAAAUGUAGCUGAUUAAUUGUGUGUCUACUCUUUCUUGGAUUGAGUAAGUUUUCUGCCUAUAUAACCUGUUUAUAAGUGGUAUGUUCCACCACCUUCAUACGCACUAAAUAAACAUUUAUAAACAUAAUUUGCAAAUUGGAAAAUGGUGUUUAAUGUCACCAUGGAUACAAAAAGUCCAUUAUCAUGACAUACCAGGCGACACUGACCGUGUUCCUUUUAGCAGCUACAGACACAAGCAUUUAUGGUGGUGCCACACAGUAGUUAUGAUGAAGUUACAUAGCUGUUAUGAAGGACCGUGAAUUUAAAAGUGCUACUAUAAAUAUUAAGCUUGAGGCUCAGUUAGUAGAGGCACCAUUGUCAGCACAAAUUUCUUAAAAAUAAAAAAAUAAAAAUAAAAAGAUCUAAUGAAGAAGGUCAGUUUAUGGUAGUACCUUCCCUGGAAAAAAGGCAUUAAAUAGAGACCUAACCAAACUGGCAAACGACGGUUUCGUUGUCUGGAUGGAAUUCAUAUAGGUCUAACAAAAACAAACACAUCAUCCGUGACACGAUGGGUACCGGGAGUUAUCAUUUUUCACCAGUAGAUGGCAAGAAGGACCAAUCAAAGAAAUGCUAACCAGCAUGCCAUAUUGUGACCUAUUAGGGGUUAAAUAUCUUGUCACGAAUAUAUAUCCUACAAAAUCAUAUGGUGACAUGCUAAGUUUUAAAUAAACGUAAGUACUAACACG